GUGGGCAGGCGGAGCCAAGGGCCGCCCCCCGGCCGGUCCCUCCCCCUGCCGGGCCCGCCCCUCCCCGCCGCGGCGCUGAAGGAGGGCGGGGCGGGGCCCCCUGGGUCAGUCUCAGCCUCCGGCACUGGCCGCGCAGCUGGAGGCGGCGGAGCGGAAGCCCGAGCCAUGGCUGCCAUCAGAAAGAAGCUGGUGAUUGUGGGCGAUGGGGCCUGUGGGAAGACCUGUCUGCUCAUCGUGUUCAGCAAGGAUCAGUUCCCUGAGGUCUAUGUCCCCACCGUCUUUGAGAACUACAUCGCAGACAUAGAGGUGGACGGCAAGCAGGUGGAGCUCGCUCUCUGGGACACAGCUGGGCAGGAAGAUUAUGACCGCCUGCGACCUCUCUCCUACCCGGACACUGAUGUCAUCCUCAUGUGCUUCUCCAUCGACAGCCCCGACAGCCUGGAAAACAUUCCUGAGAAGUGGACCCCGGAGGUGAAGCACUUCUGCCCCAAUGUGCCCAUCAUCCUCGUGGGGAAUAAAAAGGACCUGAGGCAAGACGAGCAUACCAGGAGAGAGCUGGCCAAGAUGAAGCAGGAGCCCGUGCGAUCCGAGGAGGGCCGGGACAUGGCGAACCGGAUAAGUGCCUUUGGCUACCUCGAGUGCUCAGCCAAGACCAAGGAGGGGGUGAGGGAGGUAUUCGAGAUGGCCACUCGGGCGGGCCUCCAGGUUCGCAAGAAUAAGCGCCGGAGGGGUUGUCCCAUCCUCUGAGACCCCCGAGGCCUCCCCUACCCCCCCUUCCCUUCCCAGGGGUGCAGCUGUCCACCUUCUCGGCCCACCCUCUUUGGGCUCCUUGUCAAAGGCUCCCUUUUCAGUUUCCUCCAGCCCAGGACUGCAUCUGAGUUUCCCCAGCCCCACCAGCCCCCCCAAGGUGGUGGUGGUAGGCCGGCCCUCCCUCCCCGCACUCUGGGUACCUAGGGCGAGUCCCUGCCCUUUCAGAGCAGAGUCCCUUCUGCUGCCUUGGUCCAGGGGUGGGGCUCUCGAUCCCUUCGGCCUUCCCCAGAGGGUCCUCAUACACCAGCACUUUAUACACUUCUGGCUCACAGGAGUGUCUGGGGUAGGGGACUUGGAGGGUGUAACCCUGAGCCCCACGUCCCUGGCGUUUCUGGCUCUACUUGGUGGGGGGCGUGAAUAAAGGCCACAGGCUCCAACAUA